AGAAGUACAUUAUUUUGUUUAUUGUAAACACCUUUUACAAUUAAUUUUUGUGAGUGCCGUGUUGUAUAAUGUAUUGUAAAACAACUGAAGUUUAUAAUAUUAUUUUAACAUUUUUAUAGUUGUUGGCCCAACAUGAACUUAUAUUGUAUAAAAUGGAAUCAUUUAAAUUAGUAACUUUAAUUUUUAUAUUAUCAACAUCAUGUGGAACCAGCCAGUGGGAUAUAAAAGAUAUAGCUAAAAAUAUAAGCCGGGAAAUUGAUGGACUCAAAAAUAAUGAAUUGGGAGUCCCUUUAAUACAAAAUUUGUACAAAAAUUUCAUGUUUAUGCAGCCAACCAUUGACAUCUUGAAAAUUGUGAACACUAUAGCCCAUAAGUUGGAAACAAAAGUUACAGACAUAUUUUCAGGUCUGGAGAGUAGUCAGCUCAUAAUUGAAGCCAAGCUAUUGCAAGAAAAUAUCACUAGCCUAAAUUCUUCAAUAAAUCCUUGUUUCUUAAAGGGUCCAAUUAGAAAUAAUUAUGCCAACAACAGUUUUAAUAAAGACUUCCUGGAUUCAAUUGAUAUUUUAGAGAAAAUGAAAAGUUCAUUGAGUAUGAUGUCUGAUGGUGUAAGAAGACAGUAUUUUAUAUCUGAUUUUGAAGUCCAAAGAUUGCAUAGAACACCAUUUCUUCAUUGUACAGAAUGUGAUGAAAAAAAUAUUUGGAAUAACUAUAUUGAAAGAAAUAUCUAUCAAAGGAAAAACGUAAUUCUAGUUCUAGAUAUAGGAGGUAGUAUGAGCAUUGUGCAAUUUACUCUGCUGAAAGCUGUGGCUAAGAAAAUGUUAUCAGUAUUAAGUGAAAAUGAUAGAAUUACAAUUUUAACUGUAAGUUCUAGUUAUACUUAUUUUGAAAGGGAUUGCAAUAAGUUUUACAAUCAAAAGCUAGAUACUACACCAAGACUGAAACAAGCAACUACAACUUAUGUUAGGGACUUAAACAAGUAUAUUGAUGCCAUAAUUAGUGAAACAGGUUUGACAAAUCAUACUCUUAGCUUUGAAAAGAGCUUAGAGAUUGUACUGAACAGUUUUAACCAAAUAAAAAAUGAAACAGUUAUGAUAUUAUAUGUUAGCAGAGGCUUACUCUCUUCCCUGAUGGAACCCAAACAAGUUUUAGAAAUGCUGGAGAAAUUUACAGCAACAUACAAUAUAUCAUUAUUUAUAAAUACAUGUGCCAUCAUUGACGAAUUAAAACCAGUGGUGUAUGAACCCCAGUUCUUAUGUGAUAUAGCAUAUCAGAAUUAUUCAAAAUAUAAUGUUCCUUUUGGACCAAAUCCAUAUCGCAAGCUUGGACUUAUGCUUAAAGUAGAUAGCAUGGAGAGUAUACCAUUUGCAGUGGAGAGGUUUUGUUAUGUCUUCAAUCCAUAUUCCCAUUUUGAGACUGGAACCAAAAUACAUUUGCCAACAUUGGACACAAAUAAGGAAGAUAUAAUAGUAUCUUUUACUAAAGGAUGGAAGAAUAAGAGUAACUUCUUUAUGUUAGGAAUUGAUGUAUAUUUUUCAAAUUUGGCCGAAGACAUUGUAUACUACGGUGGAGGUCAAGGUUAUUCCUAUUUCUUCCUCAUGGAUUUGAAUGGUAAUGUCAUUUAUCAUCCUUACUACAUGCGAGUCUCAGGGAAUAGCUAUUCUAUGUUUAUUGAUUUGGAGCAUAUUGAAAAAGUGAUAGAUGUUCAGACUUUAAAAAAUAGACUAUUAACUGAGAAAAAGGGAAUUUUUCAAGGUUUUAGAGAAAAUAAUACUGAUUUGGUACAUUAUGCCUGGAGCAGGAUUAGUGAUUGGUACGUAGUGUGUUUGGUAAUUAAUACAAAAUAUGGUGCUCCUAGUAAGCCUCAGAAGCCUGUUUGGUUUCAAAAUGACUUUCUGUACCAAAAUUUUGAAGAUUAUAAACUGUGUCGGCAUCUAAAUCUUCUAGCUACAAUAGAUGUAACGUCGCUUUAUUUAAGUUCUUCGUGUUUCCGUUCCCCAUUUCUAGCGUCACGUACCUCACAAAACAAAAUGCAUAGCCAGGAUUACGUGGCGUAUUUGAAAGACGACAGCCGGUUGCUGAUAAACCCGGGCUUAAAAGAGGAAAUAAGAGAUGAAGUAUCUUUAUUGUCACACAUAUUAUCAUAUUUGAGAAAGCGGCAUCUACAAUCAGGCAUUUCCAAAUACGUAGUGCGUCGAUUUGCGGCUUCAAAUUCUGGUGUUUUUCAAAUGUUUCCUGGAAGUACUAUUAAGCCAGGGUGGAUUCCUACGAAAAGCCGAUGGUAUUUUAAAGCGUCACAACACAAAGGAAAAAGCGUUUUGGUUCCUCCAUACUUAGAUAAAGGAGGUGCAGGUUAUGUUAUCACUGUAGCUUACGCUACUUCACAGUUGGUGGUAGGAAUGGACGUAACGUUUGGUUUUAUGUUAAAGAUGUUGGUAAACUAUAUACCUGACUGCUUAGAGCCAAAUAUUACUUGUUUUUUAGUAGAUGAUGACGGCUAUAUAAUUUAUCACCCCAAUUUGAUGACAGCAAACGGGGCUAAACCAAUAGAACAACAGCAUAUAGUGCAUAAAGAGUCUCUGGUAGCUAACGAUAUCUUGAAUCACAAACACUUCAUACAGAAACUUCUGUGUAAUAGUUAUGACGAUGACACUAUACAGAGAUAUUACAGGCUCAAUACCAGUUUUAACGGUGUAUUGGUGAAUUUUGCUCCAGGCGAACAAUGUGUUAAAUACCAGAUAACCACUAUACCACAAACCAAUGUAUUUCUUGGAGUGGUUAAUGUUUCCUGUAAUAUUGGGGCUACGUUUUGCCCUUGUAACAUUGUGGAUAGGUUGUGUCUGAACUGUAAUAGAAUGGAACAGAAAGAAUGUGAAUGCCCCUGCGAGUGUCCUUUAGAAAAUAGUGAUAUAUGUGAACCGACACCAGUGACUACUAAUAUGACGGAAAAUAUACCUUGCAAGAAAUAUACCGAAGAAGCCUUGGGAAACAGCUUCAUAGUCAACUCAAAUAACAAUUUAGAAUCAUGUUUUCCGAUCAGUUGCCACGAGCAGGUUACGCAUUUAGACUGUUUGGGACUACUUGGUUGCGAGUGGUGCAUGUUCGAUAUGGAUCGCAAUUAUUUAAGAAAACCCUUUUGUGCAUCCAUCACUACUUGCUUCAAAGGAAUGUUUGACAUAUCCGAUACCGCCUUAGGACGACUUCCAAACGGCGCCGAAUUCUCUUCAGUGGGACCAAUAAUAUAUUCAAUCAUAGCCAUUACAAUAUUAUUUGUGUUACUAUUAGUAUGUUACCGUUCAUAUUCUAAUCAAAUAAACGACAGAUUUUAUAUGUCCUCCGCGCAGGACCAACUUAGAAUGAGUGAUUUAAAUAUCACUGAUAAUUUCAACGAUUUGGGAAACCAUAGAGACAAGCUGAUACAAGAAGAACGCCCAAAAGUCAUCAGCCCUUACUGCGUCGCUGGUACCUAUAGGAGAACGGCGGGACCUACAGAUUCUGAUCAUGGGUACUCCACAAUGACACCUCACGAUGAAUCCGAGCACAUGUCUCUGGCUCCCGUAGAAGUGGAAUCCUUGGACGACGACAUAUUUUCUGACACUACGUCAGUGCGUACUAGUCCUUUGACCAAGGAUACUCCAAGAAUAUUUUCGCCAAUAUUCACAAGAAUUCCACAGAAGAAUUGUAUAACGGUUCCUGUCACCGUGCAUCACAAUGCAAAAACAUGACGGCUUGCUUUCUUGUUUUUAAUUGCCAAAAGCAGAGCUAUCUCAACUAAAUUCCAUACCUUUUUUAUUUCUUAUAGAAUUUUUAAUUAAAUUGUGUUGUUAUAUAGUGAUAGUAUUUUCCGUUGCUAUGAUAUUUGUUAUAUUAAGUAAACAUUUGUUAUUUUAGUGUCUUUAAAAUUAGUCGUCUAUCUUCCCUUUUUAUUUUUAUGAAAUGAUUUAUGUAUCAAACCAUUUACUGUGGUAUACUUGAUUUUACUAAUACUGUGUAUUACAAAAUAUCCGAAAAAUUUGUAAAAAUGACAAAAUAGAUUUAUUUUUUCGUACAAUAACUACUCUCUGACCGGCCGCUCUGGACUAUUUCUCUCUCCUCUCCUCGACGCAUCACAGUAUUUCUUGACAGCUGCAGAUUAUUUAUACUGUUUUUUAUUUCGUUUUUAUUUUUAAAAUUAACGAACAAUAAGUCUGAUAAAUCUUCGCAUAUUUCUUUGACAUAUUCUUCAUCAGAAAACGACUUACACUUUUGCACAAUUUCAUAACAAACUAAAAAUGAAGUUAGCUUCAGUUACAACUUUAGACAGUUCAUUCGGCUUACAGAACAUAUUUUCCUGGGCAGUCAAAAGAUAUUUUAAUGCUUGAAGUUUAUUCUUUCUCACUUCACUCUUAGGUGGAAACUCCUGAUUGGUAUUUACCGUGCAUUGUAUUGAAGUGACGCUCUAAAUUUCCUUUGUAUGUAUUGCAGAUUAAGCAGAGAGAGAUAAAAAUAGUAGAAUGAAAAAGGAAAGAAAGAAGCUACCCAUUUGUAGUAUCAUGUACAGAGUAAACACUUCAUAAGUCGCUCGCGAUGAUCGAUUUCUAUUACUCCAAUAAUUUUCGUAAUAUUUAUUUUAUUUUUCGGAUAUUCAUUUCUUUAACCGCGAUCGACGCGUUGGCCUCCCCUGAUAUGUGUGUGUAUGUAUGUAUUUAUGGGAUUAUUUGUCAAAUCAGUCACUUCAUCAGGCCAUUUUAUUUUUGUGAAAAAAAAACUUUACCAAGCGUCAAAAUUUUCGUUUGAAACUGUAUUUUUGCUUUUGUCGUUUUGUGAUAAUCAUCAACCAUAAUCUCAAAAUAGACAUCUCACCAAAAAAUAUCUAAUUUUCAUAUGCACACCGGCAACACUGUUGAGCUAAUACUGUUUCAUAAAUAUGCAUUGUUUUUAUUUCCUUCAAUAUAAUGUUGAAAUAAUUUGUGUAACUUAACUUUUACUACACACUCGGAAUUUCGAUUUAAAUGUAGAUGAACAAUUUCAUUAGUUUCACACUGAAUGCCACGUGCUACUAACACUUCAAUGUAUGGUUUGUUGGGAAAAAAACAUUUUUACUCAUUUCGUAAAGUGAUAUAGUGGAUAGAAUUUUUUCACACUGCAUAUUGUAGGGUAAAAUAAACUAUCUUGCUUUUUUCGUUGGAGUCAGUCUUCUUUUCACUGCAGAGGAACUCUGAUACAUCGCCAGUUUCUGUCUAAGAGUUGGUCGGCUAACGAGUUGAUUAGUUAAGAGUAAGACAUGUAAAUAUGUUUGAUAUAUGUAAAUAUAUUGUUAUAAAUGUGGUAAAACGAUUUCUGACAAAAUGUUCUCUAUUUAUAGAGAUGUGUGAAACCGUUUUAUACAUUUAACACUUACCCUAAUAUUGCUAUAUGUAUAGCAAAUUGUAUUUUUAUAAAUAUUUUUUUUAUAGUCAACGUUGUUGUAAUAUUGACUUUCCCUCUCUCUUUGCCAUUGAAUUAAGACUGAUCGUUACUCUAUUUUUAACCAGUAUUAUAAGAAAAUUCCUGUGUGUUUUAUCAUUUUUACUUCAUCCAAUUGCACAUUUUUAUAAAAAUACGAAGAGAGGGAAAAGUGUUUAUUGAUUGAAUUAAAAAAGUUUAAUAGUG